UCGGUAUUCCUUUGUUUCACAAAACACAUCGCAUCAACAUUCGCGCUUUUACUUUGAAGGCCCCGCCGCCUCGCUUCCGCCCUCCCCUCCAUUUUAGCGCGGCUAGCUUGACGCAGCGGAGAACCAAACGGAGGCAGAGCGGAUCAAUUUGGAGCCUCGGCGGUUGAUCGGGAUUAUGCGGCGACACUGAUUACUGCACCGGCUGAACGCACGUUUCCUCAUCGAGCCCAUCAGCUGUGACGUCGCCUCAGCGUCCAGGCGUUAGUCUGUACCCGGCCUGUAUGCAGCCUGUCCAGGGCCCGGCCUAAUUCCUGGUGCACCUUCUUCCCCGCCACCUCCUCCCUCCUUUCCCUACCCUCCUCCCUCCCCUGCCCCCUCCUUCCAUCCUCACCCCCUCCCCUCCCCUGCCCCCAAACGCACACUGACCCCGGCCUGGUGUCACGCACACCGACUCCCAGCGUUUAGCCUGGACCGGCGGCCUGGCUGGCUGCCCCCCCUACAGGUGGAUGAAUGAAGACCCCAUUCAAGAGCCCCCCGGCCCCGCGGCCCCGAGCAGACGGAGGACACUCAGGCGUGUCUGCAAACAUGAUGAAGAAGAAGAACUCGCACAAGAAACAGAGGACCAGCGUUGGUCCCAGUAAGACUCUGGCUCAGCCCAGAAGGAACAUAGUGGGCUGCAGGAUCCAGCACAUCUGGAAGGAGGGCAGUAAGUCGUCCCAGUGGAAGGGGACGGUCCUGGACCAGGUCCCCGUCAACCCCUCCCUCUACCUGAUCAAAUACGACGGCUUCGACUGCAUCUACGGCCUGGAGCUGUACAGUGACGAGCGGGUGGUGGGGCUGGAGGUCCUGCCCGACCGAGUGGCUCCGGCCCGCGUGAGCGACUCGCUGCUGGCGGAGACGAUGAUCGGGAAAGCGGUGGAGCACAUGUUCGAGACGGAGGACGGGCCGAAGGAGGAGUGGAGGGGGAUGGUGUUGGCUCGAGCUCCCAUCAUGACCGCCUGGUUCUACAUCACCUACGAGAAGGACCCGGUCCUCUACAUGUACCAGCUGCUGGACGACUACAAGGAGGGAGACCUGCGCAUCAUGCCCGACUCCAACGACAGCGUGGCGGCGGAGCGGGAGCCCGGCGAGGUGGUCGACAGUCUGGUGGGCAAACAGGUGGAGUACGCCAAAGAGGACGGCGGGAAGCGGUCGGGUAUGGUCAUCCACCAGGUGGAGGCCAAGCCCUCCGUCUACUUCAUCAAGUUUGACGACGACUUCCACAUCUACGUCUACGACCUGGUCAAGACCUCCUAAGACCAGAAAACCUGGUCCGGGACCCCCAAAAAAAAAGACUUACCGAGACCUGCCUAGACCCACCUAAAACCCCAUCAAAACCCCCCCCAGUGAAUAAAAACUACAGCUAGGGUUUAAAACAUCCUGAGACUCGCUCUGAUCUGUGGAGACGCCUGAGACCGAUGAGAUCCAUUCUUUACUCUUUGGUUUAUGAAACGCCUUAAAAACAGGAAACACGCAACGAUUAUGGGAGUCCGGCCCCCCCACCGAGACUGAAGAAGUACAGACCCGCUUCCAGUCUUCAGAAGACUCACUGAGGUGUAUCCAGUCAUUUAUCGCUCAUCAGAUUUCUUUAGACCGUUGAGAUGCUUCCUCUGACAUCUGCUGAAACACAAAACUGGUCCAGCCGCCCCCCAGAGAAGACCAGCGACGCAGUGAAGAACUGAAACCUGUGUUGUUUCACUUCAAUUUAGGAACAUUUGUGGCGACAACAAACAAACUUUAAAUACAAAACAAAACAACAAAUCUGGUUUAGUUUGAAAACUUCUGCAACCUGAGACGUCCAGAGACCUGCGAGGACACGAUACUGAGACCACAAGACGAAACCAAAAGGUCUCCAGGGUCAAAGCAGGUCUGAAACCAUUUACAGAAACAGAAAGACCUCCUCCUCCCUCCCCCCCCUCUUUCCUGAAACCCUGUCAGACCGUUUGAGGCGUCUGUUGUCAGAGGAGGAGGAGGGGGCAGGUCUGAGGCUGCUGGGGUUAAUGAAGGGACGGGACUUCAGGAUUACAGGGCCCCCCCCCCCCCUCUAGAUGAAGUGAAAGCCGAACCAUCGUCUGGCCUCCGUCAUCUUCUCCAUCUGCAUUUAUAGACGGUGUAAGUGGACACACGGGAGGAGCUGGUGUCCAAUCACAGAGCGUUUCACUGACCCCGCCUCCCUGCAGGUCACCUGAUGACGAACAGAGACGCUGAGUGGAACAGCCUGAAGCACACUGACUCUUCUUCUUUUUCCAUUCUUUUUAUCGUUUGUCUUCUUCCUGUUGAUUCCUACAUUACCCAUAAUGCCUUUUUAGGUUUUUACAUCAGACAGCUGGAGAGGCUCAGGUGUCAGAUGUACGAGCUCGCAGAGAAAGCGUCGCGUCGGCUGCAUCAGUUGGUCCAAAGUGGCCUGAUUAGCAUCGUUAGCUGUCCUCGUGAAGCCGGCUAACUGCUCGUAGCGCUCGUGGUCGCCCAGGUUCAGUUUGAGUAGGAAUGCUAAUGAUGCUAACAAGCUAUUUUCAAGUUGAAUUAAGAGCGAAACUUUCAAACUUCCCCUCCCUUUUUUUUGUGAAUAAUCCAGUCUGAGCUCUUUUCUGUUGAGCGGUUUUAGCUUUUUCUUCGUGUCGUUACUUUCUCUCCGUUAUUUAAACAGUUUCUGGUGCAGCUUCAGUUCCCGAAGUGUCAACGUGAAGGUUGGACUCGUGGGUUGUUUUGUUGUUGUUUUUGUUGAUGCUCCAGCUGAUGUUUCACACCUGAACUCAACAUGUUUGAUAUUUGUGCCAAAAAAGGUUUUCAAAAAAAUGCUGAAAUAUUCCAGACCCUUGAUUUAAACCAGGAUGACAAUGCUAAUCAAAUAUAUCGGCACAAACUUUUCAUGGACUCUGGUCCAGAUGAGAAUUAGUUCAGCUCAAACUGUGUUUUGGGUAAUCCUCUUGUUGAGAUCAAUAAAAAGAUCAGUUAUUGAUACUGUAUGUCCAGGAUGUGUUUAGGGUAACACUCUGCUUUAACCCCCCAUUUAACAUUUCUAAGCAGUAUGUGUUGUUGCAUUUAAUGAAUGGUUUAUAACACGAUAAUAAGCAGAUAGAAAGACAUUUUAAGUGUUUAUUAAUGUAAAGUAUUUGUGGAUAAUUAUAACUCUUACUGCGAAGACGUAUUUUAUAUUAUUCCAGCUGUGUUUUACUAUAUUGUCCUUCAUUAUGUUGAUACAGCAGCCUCCACAUCUGUGUGAGUGUAAUAAACACUUUAGAUCUGCUUACAGCGACAUUAUAGUGUGUUAUAAACAUUUAUUACACGUUUAUAUACUGCUUAUAGAUGCUAAAUAAGGGGGGUUAAAAUGAAGCGUAGAGCAGCGACUGGAAGCGGGGGGCGGAAUAUUUCCCGAAAUGUCUGAAUGUUGCUUUAACGCCCCGAGACAGCCGAUCGGUCGGUCCGGAGUUUAUCGGCCACACGUUGCUCCGCCUGAGUGAAGGUGUUACUGAACUGCAGCAGGCGCCACGCCGCCCCCCGCCCGCCGCCCUCGCCCCGCCCGAGGCAGCGAGGGUCGGUUCAGCUCAGGCACGGAUGUGGUUCGUUAUGGACCAGACCUGCUCGCCGGGUUCACCUGUGUUUUUCUAAGAAUCUGUCCCUCUUCUUCUUCUGCUUUCAUAUCGACGCGCUGUGUAGUUUCUCCUUUUGUUUAUAUGUUGAUAUCAGCGGGCCUUGAUUUCUUUGUGUAUGACCUCUUUGGUUUCCCCUCUCGUUGUCCUGUGGAUACUGUAUAUUACCCAGAACUUGUGUCCCGCCUGCAGCUCCACUGAUCCGGUUGGUUGGUGGGAUUAUUUUUUCUCUAACUGUACGCUGACUGAUAAAUCUCUCUCUUCCGUUAUGGAAAUAAAGCUUUGCGACUUCCUCCCUGUCAGUCGUUUUACAGCUCGCUGUAAACGCGCCCGUCCUCUCUAACGGUUUCAGUCGGGGGGGGGGGUGCUCGUUCACCUCCCACGAUCCCGUGCUCUUAGCCGAUGUAGCUCCGCCCACCACAGUAGAUGUGUAGACAUCACUAGCAGUGACAUUAGCAUUAGCGCCACCAGCCGCGCUGCCUGAUCCACGUGUCGUGUGUCUGAAGAGCUGAAGCUAAAUGUGUUUCGUUCAGUUCUGAGGGUUCUUGUUCUGAUUCGAGAACCUAGAACUCACCUGCGUCGCCGUUCUGGAAUCUGUUGUUUAAACCGUAGCACACGCCCUCCGCCUGCGGCUGGGGUCCAGAGCUCCUUCUGCUUCUCCUUUUGGAAAACUCUUGUUCCGAGUCUAGAAUCUAAAAUGUGGAACGUGUCCCAUCGCAAUGCGUGCAACAUGUUUUUGUUUUUUGUUGAAGGAUGUUUGGUUUCCUUCAGUUGACAGCUUCAGAUUCUAGAACACGGAGCCGUGCGUUCUCGGCGUGGAACCCGCCGCGUUCUGGUUCUGGUUGGGAUGUCCGCGUCCUCGUCGCAGUGAGUUCCAGAACGUUUUUCUCAGAUUUGAAGUCGAGCAUUUAAGCACAUUCAUUGCGUUUUGGAACGCGUCCCUUCAGAAUGUGGAUCUUCUGAAGGAGGGACACGUUCUCACGUCCGGCAGCAGUUCGGAUUCUAGAACGUGGAACGUUUCGCCACACUCCGUUCCGUUUUUAGAAUCUUUCCUGAAACGCACGCGGCUGCAAAUUCUAGAACACGGAGACCAGAACGUUCUAGAACCGGCGCGUUCCGGUUCCAGAACUCGUCCGGUUCUCCGCUGAAAACGUAUUCGGAACGUCCCGGCCGCAGAGGACGAAUGAGGGCUUCGGUUUUAUUUUGUGGCAUGAUCGUAAAAAUGAUUAACAUAACGGACUUUGUUUUCUAGAGACGACGACGUGUUUAGCGUCCCGGGGAUCUCGGCGUUACCAGAUUUCACAGGAACGCAGAACCCGACGGGGAGGCGGGUUCUGUUUCCAGCGCCGACGCUCCGAGAGAGCGGGUGACGUUUCAGAACGGUCCGGGCGGAGACGCUCGCCUGGUCGGGUUACGGAAGACUUCCCGGCCCUGCUCCCGCCUCCGUUUCCUCUCCUGCGUCUUUAACCUGCCGUUACUCCCGUCACCGGGGGAGACGCCUGGACGGCGUUGGGACGGCUCGUCUUUCAGCUGCUGGCGUUCGAUUAACCGUUACGGUCGACCUGGAUGUUGUGGGAGCGUUACCCACAAUGCACCUGGCUUCAGGCCCAUGAACCAUGGGAAGUAGUAAGACUCUUGGGAGAGGGAGGGAGGAGAGGGGGGACAAAACCAGUGUCUGGGUGGAUCUGCAGCCUCCAUGAUGUGGACGUCAGUAGUCGUCUGUUCAGGAGCCGACACGCCGUUCGUAUUUUACAGAGUGUGUGUGUGUGCGUGUGUGUGUGUGUGUGUGUGUGUGUGUGUGUGUGUGUCGUCGAUCAGCCCUGUUCAGAGCAGUGUUGUUUUUGCAUGCCUAUAUUCUAGCUCAGUGUAAAUCGAUGUGAGUUGCAUGUCCGUGUAGUUUUCAGUUGCUCAGCUGCCGUCUGUCCGUCGUGGCUUUGGGUGCCUUUCGUUCUUUUCGUUCCCUGUUUUAUUUUGUACCGUGCGUCCCAGAGGCUGCUGUUUUUGGGGUUAUUGAGCAAAUAAAAAAUAAAAAAUAAAAACAAAGAGUAUCUUCCUACAAACAGAACUGACAGCAGUUGUUAUCAUGUUGAACAGUUGUCACCACAGGCGUGAUGACGGGUGUGAAUUCUGUUUUUGGGUGGAGCGUCCCUUUAAAGAGUGCCAACUACAGAUGCCAGUGUUGUACAGCCGUGAAACGCUCGCACUAUUUACUAAAAUAAACCAUUUCUCUGUUUUUUCA